AUAGCCUAGGGAUUCCAAGCCAGUGGGCUCUCCUCCCUACCUUGUCUAAGGGACCAGGAACCCAAAGAAGACUUUCUGCUGUACCCACAACCCACCCCUCCAUCCCAUCAUCCAGCCACCUAAAAGGCUAAAACCACAGUGUGCCACACAGAAACUUACCUCUGUAAGAACCUCCUCCUCAUCAUCUUCAAGUAUCAAAGUCUUGCACUUCUUGCAAUAUUCGUUCUUUCAUACCUAUUCAAUCGAUAAAGAGCAUCGAGAAUUCGUUUUUCACCUUGAUUUCCCGAAAAAAGAAACCGACAUUUUUCCUGAUGGGAUACCUUUCUUGCAAGGCAGACUCGGCCAUUGGCAUAAUCUCUACUACCUCAGCAUCUCAAACAUCUUCUUCUUCUUCUAAAAACAAACAAGAAAAACCCAUCAAGAUCCAGGAGUUUAACUACAGUGAUAUUGAGGCAGCCACCAAUGGUUUCUCUGACCAGAAACUGCUGGGCAAAGGCAGCCAUGGCUGUGUCUACAAGGCUGUUUUACGUGGCCGACAUGUUGCUGUUAAGAAACCGUCAAAGGGUUUUGAAAUUGGCCAAGAAGUCGAUAACGAGAUCGAGAUCUUGUCCAAGAUUCACAGCCCAAGAUUGGUAAACUUAUUAGGCUUUGCUAAUGAUACCAAGGAUAGAUUGCUUGUUGUUGAGUUUAUGAGUAAUGGCACUCUUUAUGAUAUUCUUCACUCAAAUUCUAGACCACCCAAUUGGGGUAGAAGAAUUAGGAUGGCUUUGCAAAUUGCUAAUGCUAUUGAUACAUUACACUCACAAAACCCACCCAUAAUCCAUAGAGAUAUUAAGUCUGCAAAUGUUUUGAUUGAUAGGAAUUUCAAUGCAAGACUGGGUGAUUUUGGUUUAGCACUUAGGUGUGGUGUUGAUGAUGAUUAUAGACUUAAGUCAACCCCACCUGCUGGAACCAUUGGCUAUCUUGAUCCAUGCUAUGUUACCCCGGAUAAUUUGAGUACUAAAACUGAUGUGUUUAGUUUUGGGAUUUUGUUUUUGGAGAUUAUUAGUGGAAGGAAGGCUAUUGAUGUGGGGCAUUCGCCGCCUUCUAUUGUAGAUUGGGCAAUUCCACUAAUUAAAAAGGGGAAACUUGCUGCUAUAUAUGAUCCAAGAACUUUCCCUCUUAAGGAUCCUAUGAUUAGGAAGCAGCUGGCUUUGAUUGCUUCUAAAUGUGUGAGGUCUUGUCGGGAGCGGAGACCUGCAAUGAAGGAGGUUGUUGAUUGGUUAACUACAUUGAGUAAAUUAGUUCCGCUUCAUUCAUGGAAUGGGUUAAACAAUCCGUGCAUGAUGGUGGAGACAAUGGGGCGUCCUGUUGAACUAAGAAACACACGGUUUGGUUCCAGACCACAAGGUGAUGGAGAAGAGAAUUUGAAUGAAAUAGAUGGUAAAAUGGGCAGGAAAUCAAUGAUGGAUACACGGCGAGUGUAUUCAGAUUUGGGGUUUCGAAGCAAUUUGAUGGAACUCAUGGCUGGAACAGAUGCCGAGACUGAUGGGGUUGAGUCUAGUUUGAAAUCUGCAAAUCGGUUUUCUAGUUCUAGAUUUGUUAGUCCACGAUAUGGUAUGGAAGGAAGAGCUCAAUCUCAUGCCCAUGGUAAAAGAAAAGGUCUCUUUCAAGCUAGAAAAAACCAAUCAGUUGGGGGUGGUUCAGAAUUAUUCCCAACAAGGGAUAACGCAGUUGCUCGUUCAAGUUUUAGUGGCCAAGGUUGUUAUGGGAUCUAGUAUGCUGCAAAGAUUUGUUUGAAGUGGCUUGACAGUAGAUCGAAGCUCAGGCUUGUAAGCUUCUCUUGCUUGAGAAGUACGUUGUUGUAGAUUUGUUGGUAGCUCAUUGAUUAGUGGUUUUCAUUCAAUUAUCAUUUUUCAACGCUCAUCCAAAUGUUGAUGUCUUGUUAAAUUCCACGUACAUUUAGAUCAAGGGCACAUUGCUCAUGUCCCUUGCAUAGGUUGUUGAUCCUUUCCAUUUAUUACAUCGUUGUUAUGCCAAGCUGAUGUAUUGUCAAGAAUUCUGUUGAAUAAAUAAGUUAAAGUUGAUUCAGAACA